AAGGAUGAUGAAAAAUAAUAGUCAUUGAUCAUAUAAUACAUGUUACCAAAAGAAAUAUUAAAGUGGCAAACAUUGUUGUUGCCCACAAAGUUAAAAUGGUACAAUUAAAGGGAAAAAUCAUUUUCUUACCAUGAUUGCAUGAAAUUUCUCCUUCUGUGAACCUAAAUUGCAGAGUGAAAGUGAUUCUUCUCACUUGUUUUUGUUUUCCUAGUAUAAGUGGUGAUCCUCUUUCAUCAUAGUUCAGUGUUUCACACUUUUUGGAUCAUUGGUUCAGAAGAAAAAGCAUCCAAAAUGGUGAUCACAUCCACUGUCAUAAACCCAGAUGAACAAGAAGAAAACAUAUCCUCUACUUUUGCUUCCAGAUAUGUGCGUGAACCUGUUCCCAAGUUCAAGAUGCCGGAGAAAUCCAUUCCAAAAGAUGCAGCUUUUCAGAUAAUAAACGAUGAGUUAAUGCUGGACGGUACACCAAGGCUCAACUUGGCCUCAUUUGUUACCACUUGGAUGGAGCCUGAGUGUGACAAGCUCAUAAUGGCUUCACUUAACAAGAACUAUGUUGACAUGGAUGAGUACCCUGUCACCACUGAGCUCCAGAAUCGGUGUGUUAAUAUAAUAGCACAUUUAUACCAUGCUCCUAUUGGCGAAGAUGAGGCAGCAGUAGGUGUGGGAACUGUGGGAUCAUCAGAGGCAAUAAUGUUAGCAGGUCUUGCUUUUAAAAGGAAAUGGCAGACAAAGAGAAAAGCAGAAGGCAAACCAUAUGAUAAGCCCAACAUAGUCACUGGGGCUAAUGUGCAGGUUUGUUGGGAAAAAUUUGCAAGGUACUUUGAGGUGGAGCUCAAGGAAGUGAAACUCACUGAGGGAUACUACGUGAUGGACCCUGUGAAAGCAGUUGAAAUGGUAGAUGAGAACACUAUUUGUGUUGCAGCCAUUUUGGGAUCAACUAUGACUGGUGAGUUUGAGGAUGUGAAGCUUCUCAAUGAGCUUCUUACCAAGAAGAACAAUGAGACUGGGUGUGAUACACCAAUUCAUGUAGAUGCUGCCAGUGGAGGAUUUAUUGCUCCAUUUCUCUACCCUGAUCUUGUGUGGGAUUUUCGCUUGCCGCUAGUGAAGAGUAUCAAUGUAAGUGGUCAUAAGUAUGGUCUUGUCUACCCUGGUGUGGGUUGGGUUGUCUGGAGGAGUAAGGAUGACUUGCCUGAGGAACUUGUUUUUCACAUAAAUUAUCUUGGAUCUGAUCAGCCCACCUUCACAUUGAAUUUCUCCAAAGGAUCUAAUCAAAUUAUUGCUCAGUAUUACCAAUUUAUACGACUUGGUUUCGAGGGUUAUAAAAACGUCAUGCAAAAUUGCUCGGAGAAUGCAAGAGUUCUGAAGGAAGGAAUUGAGAAAACUGGGCGGUUUAACAUUAUCUCCAAGGAUAUAGGAGUGCCACUUGUAGCCUUCUCUUUGAAAGACAGUAGCCAACACACCGUGUUUGAGAUAUCAGACCAUCUCAGAAAAUUUGGAUGGAUAGUUCCGGCCUAUACAAUGCCACCGGAUGCGCAACACGUCGCGGUCCUCCGGGUGGUGAUCAGGGAGGAUUUCAGCCGUGGCUUGGCUGAGAGGCUUGUUUCUGACAUAGAGAAAGUUGUGAAUCUUUUGGACACACUUCCAAGCACCCUCUCAACCAAAGCUGCACAUGUCACAGCUACCACCAGUGAGACAAAUGAGAAGGUUAAAAAGAGUGCAUUAGAGACUCAGAAAGAGAUUGCUAUGUACUGGAAGAGACUUGUGGAUGGCAAGAGAGUUGGAGCAUGCUAGGCUUGCCAAAAUCUUUGCCUUUUGCCAACCUUGGUGUGAGUUUAUAUUGAGUUCUUAUCUAUGUCUAUGUGCAUUGGCCUAUUGUAUGUAAGGAUUGUCACAUGGUGUUAUCUUUUUUUCCUGAAUAUGUGCGUGUAAGAGCUAUAUAGCAACAAGCAAUAUCAAUUAAUGACAUUCUAAUAGUCAUUGCUGUUGUUGCAUAAGUCAGAUCGAAUGAUUUUGAGAAAAUUUUCAAAGUUUAGAUGUAUUUUUAAUCUCUCUCUAUAUAUGUGGGGUUCGUUGAUGUACACCUGUGUGCGCUAAUAUAUACCUAUUUGUUUUUGAGUUAGUGUAUU